UCUAACCAGGGAAACCAUAUUCUCUCCCUGUUUUCGUGAGUUGACAGCAGACAUAAAGCUACCUCUUGAGUUCUGAGUGUCUCUCACUUCAUUAUCAUUAUUUACUACUAUUUAUCAUCUAUUUAUCUAUCAUUGGACCCCUCUCUCUGUUUCUCUCUACAAAGAAUCUCUCUGUUUCUAUUUCUCGCUUUACAAAGAAUCUCUCCGUUUCUGUUUUUGUCUUUACAAAGAACCGGUCUUUCAGGCAAUUCACGGCAUUGUGAUCUUGUGGGAAGUUAGUAAUCAUGGGGAUAUUGCAGAUGCCAUUAAAUUAUUCAAAUGUUAGAAUGAAGGCUCAUGUGCCGGUUCAGAAAAACAGGGGAGGUUUACUGAGUGUGGAGGUUAGUGGUGAUAGAGUUUCAACCUCUUUUAAUGGAGGUUUCUCUGGAGCCCAGUUGAAGAAAUGUAUCAAAAGUAUCAAAAGCAGGAGUCUGUCUCCAAAAUUCAAAAUGGGUGUUGCUUACUCUGUUCUUGCAGAUGUUGACAAAGAGAUCAUGCCUUUUCAGGCACCGAUGUUUGAGAGGCAACAUGCAGAUCCCAAGAGCGUGGUUGCUAUCAUAUUGGGUGGUGGUGCGGGGACACGCCUUUUCCCUCUUACUAACAGGAGAGCAAAACCAGCUGUACCAAUUGGAGGAUGUUACAGGCUUAUUGAUGUGCCAAUGAGCAACUGUAUUAACAGUGGAAUAAACAAGAUAUUCAUAUUGACCCAGUUCAACUCUGCUUCCCUUAACCGGCACCUUGCUCGGACUUACAAUUUUGGAAAUGGUGUAAAUUUUGGCAAUGGAUUCGUUGAGGUUUUAGCGGCUACUCAGACGCCUGGUGAAAGUGGAAUGAACUGGUUUCAAGGCACUGCUGAUGCUGUAAGACAAUUUGUCUGGCUCUUUGAGGAUGCCAAAAACAAGGACAUUGAGCAUAUUCUGAUCUUGUCUGGUGAUCAUCUUUAUCGGAUGGAUUAUAUGGACUUUGUGCAGAAGCAUAUUGACACAUCUGCAGAUAUUACAGUUUCGUGUGUACCAAUGGAUGACAGUCGUGCCUCGGAUUAUGGGUUGAUGAAGAUCGCUAAUACAGGCCGCAUCCUCCAUUUCUCAGAGAAACCUAAGGGUGCUGAUCUAAAAGCCAUGCAAGUGGAUACCACUCGUUUAGGAUUGUCUGCCCAAGAUGCUAAGAGGUACCCCUACAUUGCAUCAAUGGGAGUUUAUGUCUUUAGGACAGAUGUGCUACUGAAGCUUUUGAGGUGGCGGUAUCCUACAUCAAAUGAUUUUGGAUCAGAAAUCAUUCCUUCAUCUGUGAAUGAAUACAAUGUGCAGGCAUAUCUUUUCAAUGAUUACUGGGAGGAUAUUGGAACAAUCAAGUCGUUUUUUGAUGCCAAUUUGGCCCUUACAGAAGAGCCCCCAAAGUUUCAGUUUUAUGAUCCAAUGACUCCAUUCUUUACAUCACCUCGAUUUCUACCUCCAACCAAGAUAGAAAAAUGCAGGAUUCUAGAUGCAAUAAUUUCCCAUGGAUGCUUCUUACGAGAGUGUAGUGUACAACAUUCAAUUGUGGGUGUACGUUCACGUUUAGAAACUGGUGUGGAGCUUCAGGAUACAAUGAUGAUGGGUGCUGAUUACUACCAAACAGAAGCAGAAAUUGCAGCUCUUCUGGCUGAGGGAAAGGUUCCAGUUGGUGUGGGGCAAAACACCAAGAUCAGGAACUGUAUCAUUGACAAGAAUGCAAAGAUUGGAAAGAAUGUAGUCAUUGCAAAUACAGAUGGUGUUCAAGAAGCAGACAGGCCAUCAGAAGGCUUCUAUAUUCGCUCUGGGAUUACUGUGAUAUUGAAGAACUCAACAAUUAAAGAUGGCAUGGUCAUAUAAGAUUGUGUGGCUGAUAUGGAUUUCCAAAUCGGUGUCCUUUGAUGAGCGAUAUGAGCAAGAGGCUUAUGACACUGCACGACAAUGUGAUCAUGGUGGAUACGAGUUUGCUGUAAAAUUUUAUCAUAUGGGCUCAUAGAAUUUAGUUUAGCUCUAGUUCAUGUUAGUUUAGAGGUCUAUGCCUGUCCAGGAAUAAGCCGUGCAUGAGGUGCGUUUCCCUCUAUGUAAAGUUAACUAGGAGUGUUGAUGGCAAAUGGUGCAAGAGCAUGGUAUGAAGUAAUUUUGUAGAGUACAUUAGAUAAUUACCAAAUAAGGCACAUCGAUUUCCUUCAGUAUUGUACAGUGUUCAGUUUAGAAAUAGAGAUGUAGAAUCUGAUCGACGUCUUCGUCAUGUUUGUUUGGUUUUCACAUUAUAUGCCAUGCUAUCAGGUAGGACUCUUGGAAUAUGACUUGCAAAAUUUUUAUCUCA